CCUCCCCCACCACCCACCCCCCCACCCCCACUUGUCUUGUCCGUAUGUCCGUUAGGAAGACACUACCUAUACAGUAGUUGUAGUUUGGAGACAAUAAACCGGUUAGACUUGCUCUGGUCGCUGACAUCCCAGAAUACUCAUCACAUUCUCGCCUAAAAGGAAGUUGAAGCAAACAGGAGCCCAUCCAACAGCCAUGGACGCCUUAAUAAAGGGUUUCUCCAAAGCCAAGGAUGGAGUCGUGGCAGCGGCGGAGAAAACCAAGCAGGGAGUGACUGGAGCCGCCGAGAUGACGAAAGAUGGGGUUAUGUUUGUAGGUACCAAGACAAAGGAUGGAGUCACAACAGUUGCAGGUAAAACUGUGUCUGGAGUGACUCAGGUGAGCGGAGCUGUGGUUACCGGGGUUACCGCUGUGGCCCAGAAAACCGUGGAGGGGGCGGGCAAUAUCGCCGCUGCCACUGGAUUGGUUAAGAAGGAUCCAGCCAAACAAAGCGAUGAUGCCUCAGCAUUACAAAACAUGGCAGAGUCACCUGUCGACACUGACACUGCUGAUGCUACAGAGGAUGACACUGACGACUGAAACGAUCACAAUGACAGAUCAACUGCAACAUUCCAUCUCGCUCUGCCAGGUCCCGUCGUGCCUCGUUCUGGUCCUUUAUGAUGUCCGUGCCCGCCAUCCGUGUGCGCGUGUGCGUGUUUCUGUUUGUGUUGUUGCGUAUACUUCUGUACACACAUAGCCUGUAUGUGUAAAUGUGUUUGAGAAUGGAAGGUACAACGUGUGAAUGUGUUCGUCUGUGUGUGCCUUUUGCACAUCAGCCCUGAGAGCAACCUGGGGCGGGUGUGAUGUGUGAGCAGCUGGCAUUUACAGUGACUCCCUCCCACUGAGGACGCCACCUGGUCACUUAGUGUGACUGAGUGUCUAUGUGUACGUGUUCUGUCAACUGUGUGGCUUUGUCAAGAACUCAAAAGUGGAAAAAUACACCAAUUUACUACUUUAAACACCUAAGUGUCUCUAUAUAAAUAUACAAUAUACAGUGAUCUGUUGGAAGGCAUAAUGAUAAUCUCUAUUUUUGUCUGUAUACUGUCACUGUUUUUUGCGGUGGACUAUAAAGUGCUAAGCUAUUUGUGUACUCAUAUUGUAUUUUAACAGUUACCGCUGCUAAAACAUGUUGAAUGGACUUUUGGAAAUUCUGAGCAUGUAUUUCAAAGUUCCAAUGGCUGUAAUACGAAUUUGUUUGGAUUUCAGUGUUGAAUAAAAUAUGUAAAGUGUAAA